UCGCCUGUUCCGACGCAGACAUGGUGGACUGAUCCCCGGCAGGGCUGAGAGCAGGGAUUCCCGAGGCUUCCCCGCGCGUGGCCCGCCGCGCGCCCCGCGCCCCGCACGCCUCUCGCCGGUGCCCGCGUUCCCGCUGCGCCCCGUGCCCGGUCCCUAUGGAGGCGCCGCUCGCCGGCGAGGCCGCCGACCAUGCCUAGGAGGACCGGGAGCGGGCAGCUGCCGCUACCCCGGGGCUGGGAGGAGGCCAGGGAUUACGACGGCAAGGUCUUCUACAUCGAUCACAACACCAGGAGGACCAGCUGGAUCGACCCCCGGGACAGGUUAACGAAGCCCUUGUCCUUCGCUGACUGUGUCGGGGAUGAGCUGCCAUGGGGAUGGGAAGCAGGUUUCGACCCGCAGAUUGGUGCCUACUACAUCGAUCACAUCAACAAAACCACACAGAUUGAAGAUCCGAGAAAACAGUGGCGGGGGGAGCAGGAGAAGAUGCUCAAGGACUAUCUCUCCGUGGCCCAGGAUGCACUCAGGACGCAGAAGGAGCUGUACCAUGUGAAAGAGCAGAGGCUGGCCCUGGCCCUCGAUGAGUAUGUCCGCUUGAACGAUGCCUACAAGGAGAAGUCCAGUUCUCGCACAAGCCUUUUCUCAGGGUCUUCAUCCAGCACUAAAUACGAUCCUGAUAUUUUAAAAGCUGAGAUCUCCACCACGCGAUUAAGGGUUAAAAAGCUGAAGAGAGAACUCUCCCAGAUGAAGCAAGAACUUCUCUAUAAAGAGCAAGGCUUUGAAACGCUGCAACAAAUUGAUGAAAAGAUGUCUGGAGGCCAGAGUGGGUAUGAACUUAGUGAAGCCAAAGCCAUCCUGACGGAACUGAAGUCUAUCAGAAAAGCAAUCAGCUCAGGAGAAAAAGAAAAGCAAGAUCUGAUGCAGAGUCUCGCCAAGCUGCAGGGGCGCUUUCAUUUGGAUCAGAACAUGGGCAGUUCGGAGCCAGACCUGAGAGCUAGUCCUGUGAACUCUCACCUCUCUCUGUCCAGACAGACCCUUGAUGCUGGGUCACAGACCAACAUUUCUGGAGAUAUUGGGGUGCGGAGCAGAUCAAAUUUAGCUGAAAAGGUCAGGCUGAGUCUCCAGUACGAAGAAGCCAAGAGAAGCAUGGCUAACUUGAAAAUUGAACUGUCAAAGCUGGACAGUGAGGCCUGGCCCGGGGCCCUGGACGUCGAGAAGGAGAAACUGAUGCUGAUCAAUGAGAAAGAAGAACUUUUGAAAGAGCUACAGUUCAUCACCCCGCAGAGACGCACGCGGGACGAGCUGGACCGCCUGGAGGCAGAGCGCCAGCGACUGGAGGAGGAGCUGAUGUCCUCGAGGGGCUUGCCAAGCCGGGCUCUGGCUGAGAGAUUGAAAUUAGAAGAGAAAAGAAAAGAGCUGCUACAGAAACUUGAAGAAACUACUAAAUUAACUACUUAUUUGUAUUCACAACUUAAAAGCCUCUCCUCCAGCACACUGUCCAUGUCAUCUGGGAGCAGUCUGGGCUCCCUGAACACCUCCAGCAGAGGCUCCCUCAACUCCCUCAGCUCCAGUGAGCUCUGCUACAGCAGCCAGGCCGAGUCGAUGGACGCAGACUAUCAGUGUAAACUGGACUUCCUUCUUCAGGAGAAGGGCGGUUACAUCCCUUCUGGGCCCAUCACCACCAUCCACGAACAUGAGGUGGUCAAGUCUCCCAGCCAGCCUGGGCAGAGUGGACUGUGUGGGGUGGCGUCUGCAGCAACCAGCCACACUCCUCCACUGACCGAGGCCUCCAAGUCAGUGGCGUCCCUCUCCUCCAGGUCCUCUCUCUCGUCCUUGUCCCCUCCCGGCUCUCCUCUGGUCUUGGACAGCACAUUUCCGGUGUCGUCACAUGACACCCCUCUGCACGGGUUCCCUGUUGACCUUGAGGACUGUGGACUGAGUAGCCACUUUGCUGAUAUCAGCCUUAGCGAAAAUCAGGUCUCGCUGGAUUCGGAUUUAGGAGCAUCCCAGUCCCUCUUAGAGGACAAAGAUCUUGAUGAAUGCACGGGGCAGCUGCUAUAUGAAGGAACAACAGAUGUGGAAAAGUCGUUGCCCAAAAGACGAGGAAUCCACAUGCGUGGAGACAAAAUUGCGCGUGUGUCAGCUGCUGCCUCCGAUGAGUCUGUGGCUGGAGACAGUGGGGUCUACGAAGCUUCCAUGAAACAGCCUGGCGAAAUGGAGGACGCUCCCUAUCGUGAAGAGGAUGUCACCAUUGUGGAGACUGCCCAGGUGCAGAUAGGACUCAGAUAUGAUACAAAAAGUUCAAGUUUCAUGGUGAUUAUAGCACAACUCCGAAAUCUUCAUGCCUUCUUGAUACCUCAUUCUUCAAAAGUGUAUUUCAGGGUUGCUGUGCUCCCCUCCUCGGCGGAUGUCAGCUGUCUAUUUCGAACAAAAGUCCAUCCGCCCACGGAAUCUGUGCUGUUCAAUGACGUGUCCAGGGUGGCCAUUUCUCAGGCAGCCCUGCAGCAGAAGACCCUGAGAGUUGAUCUUUGCUGUGUCAGCAAACACCACAGGGAAGAAUGCCUGGCUGGGACUCAGAUCAGCCUGGCAGAUUUACCAUUUUCCAAUGAGAUUUUCAUGCUGUGGUAUAAUUUACUUCCUUCCAAGCAAACGCCUUGCAAAAAGAACGAAGAAGAAAGCAAAGAGCCUGUACUUCAACCCAACGAGCCAGAACUAGGUUCUAUAGACUUGGAUGCCGUGUCAGCCUUACUUGCAAGAACUUCAGCUGAGCUGUUGGCUGUGGAACAAGAACUGGCCCAGGAGGAGGGGGAGCUGAGGCCGGAAGAACAGCGGGGUCCGCGGGGAGAUUGCUUAACGAUGCUAAGAGAGGCCUCCGAUGAAGCCGUGGGCACAAAAGAAGCUCAAGUUCACUUGGCUGGGGGCAGCCGCUGCCCUGGAGACCCGAGUUCAUGCGCUAGCGGGCCCGCGACGAGGGAGGACCAGCAUAGGAAAGAAAGCCAGCAUGCCGAAGACCCUAGUCAGUCACCGCCCGGCAUUCCCACACUGGUUGAUAAGGAGACGAAUACUGAUGGAGCCAUUGAUGUCAACAUGUCAGUUCGCCCCAAAGACCGCAGCAGCCUGAGCUCCCGACAGCAUCCCUUUGUGAGGAACAGCGUGAUAGUGCGCUCCCAAACCUUCUCCCCAGGCGAGCGGAGCCAGUACAUCUGCAGGUUAAAUCGGAGUGACAGUGACAGUUCAACCUUGGCCAAAAAGUCAUUGUUUGUGAGAAACUCCACCGAACGACGCAGUUUGCGGGUUAAAAGGGCAGUCUGCCAACCCACCCUCAGGAGGACGGCUCAGGAAUGCCCUGUCCGCACAUCUCUAGACCUGGAGCUGGACCUGCAGGCCUCGCUGACCCGUCAGAGUCGCCUCAACGAUGAGCUGCAGGCCCUGAGGGACUUACGGCAGAAGCUGGAGGAGCUGAAAGCUCAGGGAGAGACUGACCUUCCCCCGGGCGUGCUGGAGGAUGAGAGAUUCCAGAAGCUUCUGAAGCAAGCAGAGAAGCAGGCUGAGCAGACCAAGGAAGAGCAGAAGCAAGACCUGAAUGCGGAGAAGUUGAUGAGGCAGGUCUCCAAGGAUGUGUGCCGGCUGCGGGAGCAGAGCCGGAAGGUGCCUCGGCAGGUGCAGUCCUUCAGGGAGAAGAUAGCCUACUUCACACGAGCGAAGAUCAGCAUCCCGUCCCUGCCUGCUGAUGACGUGUGACCUCGCCUCGCGGCUUAACACUACUUCUUGCCUGCUCACUUUCCAAGGGAGGGUCAAAGACUGAACAUUUCCUGGUUUUGUUUUUUUGUUGGGGGAGGGGCUUUUGUUUCCUGUAACAUAACUGACAACUCUUGAAGAACUUUCAUUCCACACCAGUUUCAUCAGGUUACUCUGUAAAGUGUGUUGAAUGUAACUCUUACAUGCUUUGAGAAGGAAAACAGAUUCACAGAACAGAAGUGGGGUAGCCUGAUCCACACCCCGUAGUACAGUGUGCGUCACCCCCGCGUUUCACUGUGCAGAAUGGGACAGAGGCAGCGGGGGCCCAGUGUCUAACCACUGAGCCAACUGCAGGAGGCAGCUACCCGGGAGCCUGCGAAGCGGGAACCACACCAUUCUAGAAAGCCACUCUCUCCACCCGGAGUGCACACAAGCAAGCGUCACUCUGAGUCCACCCAAAGCAGGUGCCCUGUUCCUUCCAAGUCUGGCCACCUUGUGUCUGCCCUCCUAACCUUGUCUAAAGAAAACAAAAGCAUGAAAUACUGAGUACAAGAUGUGAAAAGCAAAGGUAUAUUCCUACUGUGGAGAGCUGUGGUCAGGCCAGAGAGAAAGAGGGGCACCAUCUCCCAAAAAGCACACCAAGGAAACUCAACUGAUGUUGGGUGGCCACUGCUUCUAACGCAAUCUGAAUGUGCACGGCUUUGUCAGUUUCCGGUCUGCACCAGGUUUUGUCCCAGGGAUAAAGACAAUGCCACAGAGAAGCGUGUCAUGGCCCUGGGCUCUGAUAACAGUGCAGGCUGUGCAGAGGGGACACACCCUAGGUGAGGCCCAAGAUGGCAGUCAGUGCAGGUGGUGAGGAGGGGACACACCCAUGUUCAUUAGGUGAGAUCGGAGGACAGGGCGCAUCCUAAUGACAUCAUAAUCAACAGGUUUCUUCACUUACUUGAAAUUAUUUCGAAGCUGUCAACUCUAGGGGAUUCUAUCAGUGAUUCAUAGGCAGUGAACAGGAGCAAAACAAUGGGUGUGCCUGAGAGGACUCGGAGUGUAGACUGGACCACUCAAAAAUAUAUGUUCUGGGCAAACAAGCUUGAGCUAGAAAUUGUCAACAUGUCCUGCUCUCCAGGUUAGGUUUUAACUCACCAGACCCGGGCACUUCUUAAAAAAAAAAAAAGAAAAGAAAAAAAAAGCUCAGCAUAGCUUUGCCAGCAUACAAGUGUUAAGAUACAUAGUUUUUAGGUAAUUUAAACCAUACUUACUUAGUCUGUCAUACUGGAAGAAGCUGUGUUUUGGUGAGCCAUCUUAUAUAGCAAGCUAAAUUAUUUUUAUUUUUUUAAUGCAAAAUAAUUUUAUAGGAAUUUUAAAAAAGAAAGUUAGGCAAGGAAAAAAAUCUGUUUAAAAAGAAGAGUUAUGUUCUGCUGGAAUCCCCAUUAGUGAGAAUUUUUAUUUUCUUGAAUCUAUGCAUAUUUUAGAACGUUCAUUUUAUCAGAAUCAUUAUUUAUACUCAGCCAGAACUUAAGUUACUGCACCUAAAACUUCAACCGUUUUUUUCCCCUAAAUGUUGCACAGCUUACGCAACCUCUUAGAAGAUGUAGCUGGACGUGACACUACUUGGAAUAAAAAAAGAGCCUAGUGGCAGGCUGAGCACUCUCCCGGGCUGCCCAGUUUGCCCUGUGGGCACCUGAAGGAAGCUGGAGUGCCAUCCAUCAUUGUCAAGGUCAAAUGUGAACAGCAGAGUCUUAUUUAAUAUAGUGCUAAAGUAAAGGUCAGCUGUCCCCGGCGUCAUAUUUGACCCACGAAAAUGUUCAUAGAAUUUUGUGUAGUUGUACCGUACGAUUUUAUUUUCAUUUAUUUAUUUGCGGUCUUAUUUAUGUUGUGUUUAAUAUAUAGUUUGGUUCUGGCCAUCUUAAAUGUUGGGCUUACAAGAGGCUAUAUUGGAGUAUUUGCAGCCUCAGGAUCUUCACCAGACUUCUUGCUAGCUUUUCGUAAUACAGAACGUCUCAGAUAAGUAUUAAAGAAUAGAGUGUCUCAGGCUGUGACUAGGGGACUUUGGUUUUAUUUUACACAACGUGCUCAUUUCUAACAUGAGAGAGAAAUGCAUUCUAGCAGGACCCACACAGGACCCACACUCUAAAGCCAGCAAUAGUUUUAUGUAUUACAGGCAGCUUUAUGUAGUCCUGUCACAUUUGUAUUAACCCAUGAUGCAGAAAACAUUUUACUAACUCGAUCACAAAACCAUAUGAACAAAUAAAAAUUUUAAUAUUAUGAAAAAUAUUUUUAAAGGUAGAAUUAUUCUUCACAGGACAAAAAGAAUUUAGUAUUUAGCUCUCAAGUUUGGAUUAUCAGUAUAUUAUUACCAUUUUAUAUAUCAGACUCUUAAAUGUUACAGGUACAAAAAGAGUAUUACUUGCCAAAUGAACAAAGUUUAGCUGAGUCUCUAGCAUACAAAUUAAAUACAUUUAAAAUUUUUUGCUAUGGAUUUAUAUUAUAUUAAAUAUGAGAAGCUCAGGACUGAACUAAAUAUUUAAGCAGGUUAGAUUCUGAAUGUUUCCGUUUUCAUUCGUGCUGUUUGUGAAAGUAUUCAAAUACAUCACACAGAUUGACUCCCAUUGCUGCACGUUCCCUUUGUUUGUGGAUGGAAAACAAGUUCAGUGAUUUUUUUUAAACAAAGAUAUGUAUUUCCUAAUACUGUAUUUUAAUGUUGCUUAUUGUUGAGUUAAUUUCCCUGAUUGGCACAAGUACAAGAAUCUACUUGAACCUUGUACCAAGCAAAUAUAAAAUGUUCCAUGGAGAAUUCCUCAAACCAAAA